AUGAUGUCUGGGAAAGACAACCUCGCCGAUGCUUUCAGACUAGCCAAAGACGUAGACAGAUUACUAGAGAAGGGAGGCUUCAAAUUAAAAAAAUGGCGUUCUAAUGAUGCAGACUUCUUAAAGGAAUUUGAAGAGUCAGAAAGGAGUUCUCAUGAUAAACUGGACAUAACAUUAGACGGGAUUACACGAGCGUUAGCACUACACCGGAACAUGGGCGAAGAUCUAUUUCAAUACACGGGCAGUCAAACCUACCUGCUACGGAAAAUAUAA